UGACGAUUCUAUGUCAGAUUUUGAUCGCAUGCUAGCAAAGAAAAAGGAAGAACAAUCUCGAAGACGUAAGAGAAAAGAUAUUGAUAUUAUUAAUGAUAACGAUGAUAUAAUUGCUCAAUUAUUAAUGGAUAUGAAAAAUGCAUAUGAAGAAGAUAGAAAGUUAAAUGAGUUGAAUAAACCCGCAAAAAAUAAAAUUGCAAUGUUACCCAAAGUAUUAUCUCAAUUAAAAAAGCAUGAUUUGCAAUUAGCAUUUCUAGAACAUAAUGUUCUUUCAGUUCUUACAGAUUGGUUAUCACCAAUGCCCGAUCGAUCUUUGCCGUCACUGAAAAUACGAGAUUCUAUUUUAAAAUUAUUAUGUGAAUUUCCUCGUGUUGGCCAGUGUUCGUUAAAACAAUCAGGUAUUGGAAAAGCCGUUAUGUAUAUAUAUAAACAUCCUAAAGAAACGAAAGAAAAUAAAGAAAGAGCGGGAAAAUUAAUUAAUGAAUGGGCUAGACCAAUUUUUAAUCUUUCUGCCGAUUUCAAAGCACUUUCAAAAGAAGAACGGAUGCAACGUGAUUUAGAGCAAACACCUGUGAAGAAACGCAAAACUCAAGAAGAAAUGUCAUUGCAAAAAUCGCAAGAUAUCAAUAGAGCGUUCAAAGGAGAUUCUAAACCACUUCGACCCGGUGAUCCAGGAUGGAUAGCAAGGGCGAGAGUUCCAUUACCCUCGAAUAAAGAUUAUAUAAUUCGACCAGAAUGGAAAAAUGACACUGAUAUUAGUAGAAUUUCGAAAAAACAAAUGAAUCGUUUUGAACGUCACAUGAAGAAUUUUAUAGAUAGCAAAAGAGUACGAUCUGCACGUAGAGCAGUUGAUAUAUCAAUUGAAGGACGCAAAAUGUCUUUGUAACUUAAAAUUCGCAAAUUUUCAAUUAUUUGGAAAACUUAACUAUUUGAUAAAAUUAUUUA